UCCACUAACGGGUCACGUUGUCAAUCCAGAGCUAUUUUUAGACCGUGAGAACUUCUCCGGGGCGUGACUUCGUCUGACUUGAGCAAUGCGAACGGCAGCACAAAUGUCAAUGCAAAGCCGAGUCAGCUGACACUAUACAAAGUUUACAAAGGCCAUUCGCUGUGACCCACCUGAAUGCACACACACUAGUCUCGUCGGGGAUUCCGGCCUGAGUGGAGUGGACAUUUUUGUUGUUGGUUUUCUCGGAUAUACAGCGUCGCUGUCGGUGUGUCGUACGGUUGGAAACUCGUCUGCUAUUGCAUGGGACAACUCGGAGGACACUUACAUACAGUCCCAAACAUUUGGGAACGAGGGAAUUAUUCCACUCCAGCGACCUAGGGAAUUAUAUUACGGUCAAAAAGACGUUUCUGACGUGUGCAUAUACGUGGAGCUGAUCUCACUGGGAAGUGAGUAAAAGGUUUGACUGUUUUUUUUCCCACAUCUGAACUGAGUAAAUUUUAUCGUCCACCGCUCAGUUUUGUCAUGGGAAGUUUAUGAAAACAUUUUGGAAUAUAGAAGUUUUUGUUGUUUUUCCACGAAGCAAAACUUGUGGGUUUAAAUGUCAGUGGAUGUCCUGUCGAAACCCGUUCGAAUCUUACCGACAACACACAUGAAGGAAUUACGUACGAGAAAUGUCCGCCAGGACAACGUCCGGGGCCACCCCGACGGCGGCCACAACAACGGCGAACAGCAUAUCAACAACCACUUCGACUCCAGCUGCAUCAUCUACGACUCGUCCACAGACACGACGUAUUUACGAGGACGGCUUCUGGGGAAGGGCGGAUUUGCCAGGUGCUAUGAAUUAUUGGAUUUGAAUACUAAUAAAAUAUAUGCCGGGAAAAUUAUCUCAAAGUCAAGAAUAGCCAAACCACAUCAAAGACAAAAGAUAAAGCGAGAGGUGGAGCUACAGCAGGACCUGAAACACCGCCAUGUCGUCGAGUUCCACAGCUACUUCGAGGACGACGACAACGUCUACAUCAUCCUGGAAAACUGCAGUCGUAAAUCGCUGGUGCACGUGCUGAAACAUCGAAAGACGCUGACGGAACCAGAAGUUAGAUUUUACCUGCGUCACGUGAUUGAAGGGGCCAAAUAUAUCCACAGCAAGCAGAUCAUCCACAGAGACCUGAAACUCGGCAACAUGCUGCUCAACGAGUCUAUGGAACUUAAAAUCGCAGACUUUGGUCUUGCAACAAGACUGGAGUUUGCGGGAGAAAAGAAAAUGACUGUUUGUGGCACACCUAAUUACAUAGCCCCAGAGGUACUUCAAAAGAAAGGACAUAGCUUUGAGGCAGAUAUAUGGGCCACAGGUUGUAUUAUGUAUGCUUUACUGGUCGGCAAGCCUCCGUUUGAAACUGCCACACUGAAAGAGACCUACUACCGAAUAACUGAGAAUGCAUACACAUUUCCCCAAUGUCUUUCACACUCGGCCAAAAGUCUGAUCAGACAGUGUCUCAACCCGGAACCAAGCGACCGUCCAAAUUUAGAAGAGAUUCUAGCGCACGAGUUCUUCACGUGUGGCUACCUACCCCGAGUGCUUUCCCCUGCCUGUUGUACAUCCGUGCCAAAGUUUCCAGUGUAUACCAAAUUUAACAGGCCUCCAUCUUAUGCUCUACCCGACUCGAAGAACGAUGCCAUGGGUAAACUUGGAAACGCACUGAGCCAAAUCCAGCUGAAAGGAAACCUUGAACACAUACUCAAUGACAAAGAUAGUGAGUUGAUAUACGAACGACCAGCCAAUCGCGAUAACGUGAUGGUCACAGACAUUACUCCCGCAGUUAAAACGGCUGUCAAGGAAGUCAUUACUGACGUCAUAUCGAUGGAUCGCUCCGAUUCGCCACAGCAAAGAGGUUCGUCUCCUAAUGCAAGGUCAGCUUCCACCUUAUUGGAUGUUCUUGUCACAUGUCUUGAUCACAUGCCAAAAGAGGAAGUGUCACACAAUCCGACUCCGCUCCCAGAGAAUGACGAGAUAAUCUGGAUUACCAAGUGGGUGGACUACUCCAACAAGUAUGGCUUCGGCUUCCAGCUGUCCAACGAUGCCAUUGGAGUCUUGUUCAAUGACACGUCUCGUAUCCUCCUCGCUCCAGAUGGCAGAGCUGUCCAGUAUUACGACCUGACGGGCAAGCUGUCCGCCUUUACAACAGACUGUAUUCCCGAGGACCUGGACAGGAAGACCACACUGCUGCAGUAUUUUGCCAGAUACAUGGACGAACAUCUAAUUCAGGGUGGAGACCUUGGAUAUGUCCGGAUGAACCGACCCUGGUCUGGCUCCCUGUAUCUGAAGAAGUGGUUCCGAACAACCAAAGCCAUUGUGCUUUAUCUAAGUGAUGGAACACUACAGGUGAACUUUUUUGAUGAUCACACUAAAAUCAUUCUGAGUUACUACCAAAACGAUUACUUGGUGACCUUCAUUGAUCCAGAAAGAUGUGCCAAGACUUACAGUAUCGUUCAUAUCAUUCAAGAUGGCUGCCGCUCGGAAAUCAUCGAGCGGAUGUCGUUUGCCAAGACUAUGUUGAAGAACCUUGUUGAUAUUGAAGGCGCAGAUAUUUGACAAACGAAUCACUGCCCUGGAUUUGAUGGCUCUGGCCAAUACAUACUUUGCAAUGUUUAUCCAGAUGUUUGCUCAUCGGUGUUUGCAAUAUUUCUGAAAUAAAUGGUGAUGUACUUGGACCAAUAUGAUACAUGAUAAAUGCUUAUUUGAGCAUUUGUAUGCAAAAAGAGGAGAAAAAAGAAGAAAGAUUUAAAAAGGGGGAAAUCCCUGUCCCAUUGGAUGUUUUUGCUAUGUUCCUUUUGGAAAAAUAUGUUUAUUUGAUGUUCCUAUUGGAUAAAAGAAUUUAUUGUUCGACUUGUCAUGAAACAAGGGAGCCAACUAUGUCUGAUAUAUUGAUGAAGAGUUAUCCUUAGGAUUUCCUGUCAGGAAACUUACCAUCAUUCCAGUAUGAAAGAAACAGUUAUUGAAAUAAAAUACUCUGUAAAGGAUUAACAGAAAAUAGAAGGCCAAAAAACAAAAACAAAAACAAAUAGGCUGUCAAUACUUCAGACAUUUAAAGAAAAUCAAAAGUUUUGAAUGCUGCAAGGUUGCAGAAAUUAACAUCGGUGUUUGAAUUUACGGAUGUAGAUUGGGAUUCCAUUUCUACAUUGUUUCGUUUAAAAAUUCUUCUUGAUGUCUUGAAAGCAAUAAUCAGUUGCAGAUUUGGAACAACAACCUUUGUGCCUUUUCAGACUAGUCACUUGUUGCCUUAUGAUCUCAAAAGCCACCAAUGACAAUACAACACGUGGUGAAAUGCUGUUGGACAGUAUGUGACAAUAACAAAUGAAACCAUGAUGACGUUACCACGACAAUGAAAUAUCCAGUUUUACGUUGAUCUCCUUGGCAAUUGGAUGCCACUAUGUAGAUACUUGUACAUUUUUUACUAUUUGUAUGAGACAACCAUAGAAUGCAUUUGUCUGGUUUUAUAUACUAGUGUGUGGAUGGUAAAAUUAAAUAUAUGUAUGCAUCGUUGAAUAAAUGAAAAUGGUUUUGUAAGUAAAGUAUAGAGGUAUAUAAUUAAUUAAAAACACAAAAAUAUACAAAUGUAUAAAGCAAUGGAUGACCCAUUAUUAUUCAAUGUACACUUUUAUGCUAUGCAAUUGUUUGAUAGUUGAAUACAGUGUUUAUUACACGUUAUUUUUGUUACAGGAACUGUAAAAUACAGUAAUAUGUGAUACCCUUGUUUAUCUUCCGAGAUGUUUAUAAAUUUUGAAAACUAGAAAUGUUACAACACAAGUUUUAUCCUGUUAACCAUGUUAAUCAUUAUCAUGAUCCACUGUUUCAAGCCAUUCUUGAAAGAGUUUGUUAGCUACAUUUCAAAUACAACAAUAGAAAAAGGGACAAAAAAAAGGUUACCGGGUACUGGGUUUUUUCAUUUAUUGUUAUAUAUUUAAUUAUAUGAACCUGAUCUGUUAAUUAUUACAUCAUGAUUAGUUAUAAAUUUACAAUGUUAUUCCUUUUUAUUGGUGUCUUUGAAAAAUAGUUGUUUGUCUUAAUCAGUGUUUUCCUAACUUUCUGGGUCUUCGUUAUCACUCUAGCAUUUGAAAAAAAAAGGCUUCAUACAGUUUAAAUAAUUUUAAUGAAUUAAACUAAACACAAUCAUAACAUCAAAAACCUAUUGUUUUGUCAUAAAGGCUGAGAAUGAUGAUAUAACUGUCACAGUAUCUUUCGAAGCUUUCUAUCCCCUUGGACUUCACCAAUCGGUCUUAAAUUUUUGAAAAGCGACGAGGGUCUCCCGGAUUUUCCCGCUUUGGAAAACGCUGAUAUAAAUCAACAUAAACCAAACAUUGAAUAAUUCAGUUUGGUCUAUGCAGUCUUAAUUCCUGCAGUAUAUACAUGUAUUAAAGUUUAAUACAAAAGGCAAAAAACUAUAUUGAACGAAGUAGCUACAAACCAUUGCAACUUGGCUUGUAACUAUGGAUAUAUCUAUUUUUAUUAAAACGUAUUUUGUAUAAUAAUCUUGCCAUAAAUGUUGUUAAUACUUGCUUUCCGUUUCAGGUUAUAUGUUGGCAACUGUUGCAAUGCUCGCUCUGGACUGGGACCAAAUGACCAAUCAUAGCGUUUAAUACAAGUAACAGACUGUAGGCUUCGUUACAAAUGACCAAUCAUAGCGUUUAAUACAACUAACACUGUAGGCUUUUUAUUUUUACAAAUGACCAAUUGUAGUGUGUAUUGCAAACGACCAAUUGUACCGUGUUAAAAUGUAUCCAUUUUAGCAAGUAAAACAACCAAUUAUGUGUAGAAUAUAAAACAAACCCCAACACACAACAACAAUUGACCAGUUAUAAUGUCAUAUUAACAUUCCAACGGCAAAUAGAUUUUCGAAGAAGAUAGUAAACUUGGUUGCCAUUUGCUCAUUUCCCUGCAAAAAAAUAAAAAUGCAUUUUAGAUCUUGAGACCUAAAUUUCUUUCAAAAUAACUAUCUUUCAAUCACUACAUGACAUUUUUUUAUGAUUAAUUUCAUUUCUGUUUUGUGAAUAAUGUUUUAAAACUGUUUUCGAUAGCUAUCGGUAUUAUAACAAUAUAAUUAGGUUAUUUCUUAAUCCCCCGUGGAUUAUUGACCUAACAUUUUGUAUACACAAAGAAUAUGAAAGUAUAUUUUUGAAGAUGUUUGUGAGUGUAUGAUAUUCGUUUCGGUAUUAAAUUCAGUUCCAGAUUAAUGUCGUUUUCUAUAUUUGUUCUCUUUAUUAUGAUAAAAGAACUGAUAUUAUACCCGAAUCAUGUUUUGUUUUAAGUGUCCAAAAAUGUUUAAACUAAAUUAAAGGUUUUCUUUUUCUUUUUUGUUCAAAUAUUUCAGAUCAUGUAUGAGAUUUUGCAGGUACAUAUAAUAUUUUGUAGUAUCCGUGUAGUCUUCGUGGACGCCAGUUAAAUCAAUAUAUAUUGGCAUUUUACGUAGUUGGGUCAUAUUGUAUAGCAAUACCUUGGAUUGAGGACAACAAAAUGUUUUUGUUAAACCUUAUGCACGUGUAACAUUCCAACAAACAUUGGCAUUGUAUUCUCUGUUUGACUGUACAUUAUCGAUUCUGUUUUUAGAUUUGAUUACAGUAUCUACUCCAUAGCUACAUAUUUUAGGUCAUGCUUCAUCACACUUCCCCCGAAUCAGGUUGGCUAUAAGGUUUCCAUUUUAGUCGAAAUGUUUUUCUUUUUCAAUAUGUUUGUGUUUCUAGUUUUAAGUUUUGAAUGUUUCAUUUUGAGAAUACAUCCAACUUUUGUUCCCCAUUUCGGCAUUAGGUUAUAUCUCGCUUCAACCAGUGAUCCACGACUGCUAUAUCAAAAGCCGUGAUAUGUGCUGUCAUGUCAUGGGGAUGUACAUAUUAAAGACCUCUUGAUGCUAAUCGGUAUGAGUAGUCUCUUUGACAACGGCUGGUUUUCGAAACGGGUGUCGCAGUUAUCUUUCAUUUCAUAAAUUCCAAAGAUGAUUGCUAUUCCUUAAAUUGCAAAUAGUAAUAAUCGAAUAAUGUGCGUGAUUUAUAUACUGAUAUGUAUUCCUUAUUUUAAUAAAUCAAAGCCGUUUAACACGAUGUGAUUAUUCGUCGUUGUACAAGGUUACGGUUUUUGGAUGGGGGAUAGCCAUCAAACUUUGCGAUGGCAACAAGCAGUACAACCGCAAAACGCUGCUGCAAAAUUGAUCAUUAUCGGAUACUAUUUACAUUUAAAGGAUGGGGAUUUUUUUUAAUUACAUACUGUAGAAAAAUCAUCGAAUAGGAACUUGUAGAUUUACCCAUUCCACCUCCAACUACUUUCUCAUCCCCUACUUGUUUUUUUUUUUCUUUCGUUGAAUGUUAAUAAAAAGGUGAUUGUAGAAAAUGUUUCUCAAAUUCAUGACAUUCUUCAUGUUCACACACAGACUGUUACUAAAUUAGAUACUCUGAUGUUCAAUACUUAGUUACUGGUGAUCGCCCGUCCAAAUGACAUUUUGCCUUAAAUCAUAUAUACACAAACAUGCUGCCUUCAGUUCUUGCAUAACAAAUCACACUUGUUCUAUUACAUUUCUUUUUGUAAAUAAAUUUGUAUACAAAGAAUAUUUGCGAAAGCUUUUUAAGUAAUAAAAUGUUAAUAAUA